AUAAUUGAUGAAUCUUGCUUACUGAAAGGGUAACAGGUCUAUAGCAAUAGUCCAUUGCCCAUUCACAUAUCUUUGUCUCCUCCCAGGACAGGUUUUUAUAGAGGCUGCAUAAACGCUACACAAAUGCUUUUAAAUGAUUUCAGCAAGUGAAUAUUCACCAAUGUAUCUAAUCAAAUGCUUUUAGUUGGUCUGUAUAAAUGCAGUAGUUCAGUGACCUCUGAUGUCAGUGGCAGGAGACGGGCAUGCAAGAGUUACUCCUGUCAGUCAACAGGCAGCAGGAGACAAGGAAGGAUGUAGGGAGAGAUUAAAUGAGAGAGUGGCAGGGGGCAGAGAGAAAAGAGAGAGAGAGCGAAACACACACACACACACACACACACACACACACACAUACACAGAGACAGAGAGAAGCAGUUAAUUCACCAUCAGGAGUGAUGGCCUGCAUGCCUGGUUAGCAUAUUUCUGUGGCUGUCUGUAAUAAACACUUACAAUGGAGGGGAGAAACGAGAAGUUCUCCAGAAAAAGAAGUUUCACAUUCGGAGCUUACGGAGGGAUUGACAAGUUCAUCACUGGAAAUGAGAGCAGCUGUGCAGAAUCUGUGGGUCACAGCAUACUGGAUAUUUUGGAUUCCCCUUCCAGUGAGGCUAAGUCACUCACUUCUGCACCGUCCAGUCAGAAGGUCACAGAGUUGUUUGCAAUCAUUGAAAAGCUACAGGGUAGCAGAUUGGAUGAACAACGUUGUGAGUUCCCACCACCUCUGAGGACACGGCUGUUAAAGAUUGGAGAUGGUUUACCUCUCAUCCUGCCCCCUAAAUCUGGAAGUUAUUGGAUCGACCCUCCACUGGAUAGACAUGUGGAGACCAGCCCUACUCUCUCACAGGGGGGUUUCGGUCUGGAGAGCUAUGACAUAAUGGAGAGAGACAGUGAAGCUAAAGUCUAUCAGGAAUUCUUCCGCCACAGAUAUCAUCAUUCGUUCACCGCCUGUGACCCCUCUCUUGGGCCCCUAGUUUUAUCUGUUUGUCUUGAGGAAGAGGAAAAUCGCCUGAGAGUCAUUUUGAGGAUGAAGGAGUGCUCAGUUCAUGCCACAUUCUCUGUUUCGCUCUUUCAACAAUUCCCCACGGCAGUGGAGCUGGCAAAGAUGCUGUGCUCAAGUGUCAGUGUCACAUGUUUUGAGGCUGUGAGUUACUUAAAGGCCCCAGAGAUCAUAAUGGCAUUUGAUGAACACAGAGUGUCUCAAAACUUUAAAUUUGGUGUCUUAUACCAGAGAGAAGGACAGUUAACAGAGGAAGAUAUUCUUAGUAACAAUGAGGAAAGUGAGGAGUUUUUAGAAUUUUUAUCAAUACUUGGACACACGGUCAAACUGCAAGGAUUUACUGGUUUUAGAGGAGGACUGGAUGUUUCUCGUGGCCAGACCGGAAAUGAAGCGGUUUUCACCUCCUUCCAUGGACGUGAGAUUAUGUUCCACGUUGCCACUAAACUACCGUUCACAGAAGGAGAUACACAACAGUUGCAGAGAAAGAGACACAUUGGGAAUGAUAUUGUUGCCCUGGUCUACCAGGAGGGUAACACUCCCUUCAUUUCAGAUGUGAUCAGAUCCCACUUCUUGCACUGUUUCAUUGCAGUGAGGAGGAUAAAGAGAGAGAAUGAGGGAGAGGGAGGAGACGGGGGAUCAUUUCAGGUAUGUGUCACCGCUAGGGAGGAUGUACCCCCAUUUGGCCCACCCCUUCCUACACCACCCAUUUUUACAGAGGGCUCAGUUUUAAGAGAGUUCCUUUUGACCAAACUUAUAAAUGCUGAAAUCUCUUGCUACAAGGCUGAGAAAUUCAGUCGACUGGAGUUACGUACACGUUCAUCUCUUUUGGAAGCCCUGCGGUCUGAACUGUCUUCCCGAUCCCAAUGCAUGUUGGGAGAGCCGUCACAGCCCAGCAUCCCCCUCACUGAAGGGGGGAGGAGUGUUCCAGAGGGGGGAGGAGGGUUCAUUGAGAACUUCAAGAGAGCUAUUAGGGUACGAAGCCACUCGUUUGAUACCUUGGGAGUACCAAAGAAGGCCGGUGGUGUAGCAGGGCAGCGUCCUAAGGAUGACCAUCUUUUCUUUUCUCUUUUCUCACUGCUAAAACACUGGAAAAGGAUGCUGAGAGCGAGCAGACAAGCAACGUGGGCUACACUGAGACAAGAGGUCAAACCAGUCCCCAGGACGACUUGUAGAUAGAUGAAGAAUGUCACUAAUUCUGAGGCCUAAGCACAAAAAAGCCUUCUACAGAUCUCAAGAUCCAUUGAAGAGUGCAAAGCACAAUAAAGUUAAUAGAUAUUUUAACUAAAACUUUUGUGUAUUAAGGUAAGUUGUUACUAGCGCCAAGUGCAAUCAGAAACAUGAAUAUACAAGAUUUCUCUUUGAAGUGGCAUAGUAUAGAUUCAAUGGCUGCUUAUAGCUGAUGUAUCCCAGUGAAGUUGGGUUUCAUUUAUGGAAUUUUCUGCAGUUUAUCCAGUAAACUGUAAUAUUAAAUAUUUAUGUGUAUUUAAAAUAUAUAUUCAGUUCACAGUGGGAGAAAAAUAAACUUAAUAAGCCAUAUUUUCUGUAUUCA